AUGACUGAGCUGCGCGCGCACCGGAGGAGAUUCCGUUGUUGUUGAGUUCGAGACUCGCGGCCCCGAACCCGAGAGAAAGAAGGCUUCCAGAUUUAGCUUUGGUUACUAGAGAACACAAUGUCACCGAGGUUAUGGCUGCUGGGCAUCAUUGGAAUUCUUAUUGGAUUGAGUUUGGGAGCCUGGGGUCAAACUACAUUGAGUCCUCCAGUGAACGUUUGCUCUGACCCUUCUAACAACAAUUGUGAGCAAUGCCUGCAGCGUGUUUCGUGUCUGUGGUGCAAUACCAACAAGAAAUGUGUUGAAUACCCAGUGAGGAAAAUCCUGCCACCUAGUUCCUUGUGCAAACUGUCUGCUGCACGAUGGGGAGUUUGCUGGGUGAACUUCGAGGCUUUGAUCAUCGCCAUGUCAGUAGUUGGGGGGAUCAUCCUCCUGUCUCUGUGUGUAUGCUGUUACUGCUGCUGCAGAACCAAAAAGAGAAUGCUACCUGAUCCAAGAGAUGAGAAACUAGAAAGAGAAAAAGAACAGAGGAAAAUGCGGCAAGAGGAAAGGAGAAAUGAAAUGAAAGUCAGGCAUGACGAGAUAAGGAAGAAAUAUGGUCUCUUCAACAAACCAAAUACUUACUCCAAAUUUGAAAACAAUUAAUGCAAUAAAUGAGUAUAUGUCUCAGCUUUAUUCCAAAAAGACUCCAGUGGAAUAGUGUUUAAAGAGCUCAGCAAUCUUAUAUAUUGUACUUACUAAUUACUUUCCCCCAACUCCUAAAACAAACCAGCCUUACAUUUUAGUUUUAUCCUCCGUGGUGGGGGAACCCUUUGUUUUAAAUUAAUCAACUUUAAUUAAUCUGCAUUGACUUCAUCUGGGUUUCUGUUUUGAAGCAAGUGCUGAUGAAAUAGACUAAACUCUAUUGCCUGUCUUAGUUCCAGAACCAAACCUGUGCCAUUCAAUCUAAUUCCCUUUUGUAUGUCUCACUGUGGGUGAAUCCAAUGUGAUUCUAUUUAGGGAUUGAUUGCCUGAAACAAAUUCUGCAAAAUCUUCUCUGUGGUUUUAGAAAAGCAGUUUAUGAGAAUUGUAACUGGUUUCAUGCAGUCAGUGUAAACCAUUAGAAAUUUGAGGUUUGUAGAACAUGCAGUAUAAAAGAUGCAUGAGUUAUGGGCCAAUUCUUUGUAAUGUUUUCUAUUUCAUUGCACUCAUCUGAAAUUGCCUACAUAUACCCUCAGGACGAAUUCCAACUUAGUUUUGAGUAUGGUGAAGAAUGGGAAGCUGAAGGCAAAGAUUGCAUUUAUAAGUGUAAUAUCAGAGAAUUUGAAAGAAAACACUGAAAACGUAAAUUUAUAUUGAAUGCAACCAGAUUACAAAAAGGCCACUUGGAUCAGCAUGUUGGUGUGAUAUUUCACCCGUCAGUUACUCAAGCUGAAAUCUAACAAGCACACCCAAUAGCCACAACACAACUGUUCAUAUAUUUAUGCAAAUUCCCUUUACAGCUGAAUGUUUAAUGGAUGUUUGUUCUGCUGAAUUUGCAACAUUCCCCAGUUUUACAGAGAGAAAGUCUGGAGUGGGUGAUUGCUGACUUCAGCUCAGUAAGAGAAAGGCAUGGUGUCGCUUAAGAAAGGGUUCAAUACAAAAAAGUUGACCCCUAGCCAAGUGUUUAAAAUAUCACAGCAAAAAAUGAUAGAGAAGCACCAGUAACAUAUCUCUUCUAAAAACUCUAGGUUUAUGAGACAUUUAGACUUGCUUCUCAGAACCCUACAGAUUUUUUUUUGCACGAUUCUGCCCCAAAUAAAAACAGUACAACAAUCAGUGAUUCAGCUUUUCUGGAGACAAUUUGAAUCCAUGUGAAAGUUUUACCACUGUAUCUACCUCUAUGUAACACUGAGUCUCAUUCAUAGAACAGCACCAUUGGCUCUAUAUUUAGACAUGACUCUCUAAAGUCAUUACAGAGGUGAAAAGGGCAGUGUUAUAAAUCUAUAUUGGUUACUUAGCUCUACCACAAACUUGUUUUUGAGCUUCACGCUGUUAAUACUCUACAAUGAAAUCCUGAAUUAAAACCUUGUUUCUUGGAACCAGAGGCUCUAAUGCUUUCAAGACUAAGGAGUUUGAAGAGAUCCCGUUAGGAAAUGAAUUUCAAGUAUCAUAAGGGACAUGGAUUUUAUCAAAGUUACAAAUGAAAUUGAAUAAUAAAUAAUCCUUACCUUCUUUGAAAACAAAAGUAUAAUGUUUCAAGUAAAGGCAGAUUAAUGGUCAACUCAACUUCAGUAACUGAUAGUAUAGUAUGAUAUUCAUCGAUAAACUCAUCCACAGAAAAAGUAAUCUGCUUUGCAGUAAGUAAUCUUAUGCAGAAUGUAGAGGUUAGACACUUUUAUCCGGAGAAAAGCAAUGGUGGCAAAAAGCAAUGGUUUUGUUCUUAUAGGCUGCUCUGAUUCACAAGAUCUGUUUAAGUCAAGUGUAACCAUUACUGUUGUAAUGUCUCACUUUGAAGAGAUUGAUUCUGUAUUUGUGAUUUUUUUUUAAACUGAGCUUUCAGGGGGUAAUGUUUGCUUAUUAAUUUUUCUGUAUAUUUUCUAACAUUCCAGUUAUAUGUGCUGCUGGUUGCCAUGUGAAUAUUUUGACCGUCUUAUCCACUCCCAUCAGUGGCAAUACCUACAUAGUUGUGAGAAACAGUAGCUCCCACCUGAUGUAUUUAAUGGUGAGGGAAUCAGCUGUGCAUUGCACAGUUGAGCACCAGAAAGUGGAGGAAUGGUGAAAAAAGUUCACCCCACUCUGUUGAUCUUGGUUGUGCUGCUCUCUGCACUGUUGAGUGGAGGCCAGCUGUUGCUUGCAAGAAAGGAGGGGUGGAGAAGGAGGAAAGACAGAAAAUCACUGGAUAAGCUUUGGUCCACACACCUAUUCAAGAGCCAAAGGGAGCUUGGAACACAUGGCCCGAUGCUCUCAACUGGGAACUGGUGUGUGACGUUGGAGUUUGGCAGAGGGAGAAUUUGUUUGGACAGUACUGAGAGAUCUUUACCCUACACAGAACCUAUAUUGUAGAUGACUUGAGAACACUUAAUAAUAAUAUAAGUGUAAAGCUGCUAAAUCUUCCAGCACUAACAUCCUUCCCCAAGUAACUGACCAGCAUUGAAAGAUAGUUUUAAACUCCUCUUCUGGGAUCAUCUGUUUCUCUUUUUCUUAGUAAAGACAGAUCUUGUGAAGAGCAUUUCCAGCUCCCAUUUAAGAAGGAAUUGCUUCUUACACAACACAACGGAACAGUUUUGUACAUGGGAACAUCCUGUUGCAAAGGUUGCCGGUCACUAAGGCACAGGCGGCAAAUCAGUCACUUUAUAGCUCUCAAAGGAACUGAUAGUGAGAAUUCUACUACUAAAUCAAACAAUGAACAAAAUGUUUUGCAUAAUUUUUUCAAGCUUGUGAUGUACAAAAAACUUCACCAAAUCUAGCUGAAGGCUAUGUAAUCUGUACAAAAACAUGGGUGUUAAAUUGUGAAUAAAAUGCACUUUGUAUUACUGCUAA